ACUAGAGCAUUUAAACAAAAGUAUAUCAUGUGCGUAAGGCUUAUAUGUUUCGUUUCUAGCGAAUGGAAGUCCCAUCACGACUGAUAAGCGAUAGGACCUCUGUGAUCGACCCCGCCCCGCCACUCUCCCGCCGGACGCAGCCUGAAUUAGGUGAGGUGACCUAAGGCUUGAACUCCCGUCCUCCAGCUGCCUGCCCGCCUGCCUAGAGGAGCUCUGCAGCAUCCGAAGCCUUUAGAGCAGACGUUCAGAGCCGCAUCAUCACUUGCUAGGAACCAAAUUCACUGUGAGUACCCUCGCCUUGCUCGCGACUGCACCAUCAAGGUACAUUUUCUUUCAAACGAGAAAAUCGUGCCCGAGGUUUUUAUUUAUCCUCUUCAUAUUGCUGACAAUUAUAAGCAUUCACAACUCUAGAGAUAUUGAUCUAUUGAGCAACCAAUAUCCGUACGUCUCCUUACCUUCAACCCGAAACCGCGCGGGACAUGUCCCAUUUUCCAUCCUUGAAGAUUAACGGCAUAUGGAUAAUUCUGACUGCUUCUAGCAGAGCAGUGUACCUCGAUAUCCGUCAACGAAACCAACCCUAGCGUGGUCUUCCGGGUUGACCAGCCGAGUGCGAAACAUGGCCGACGUUGAGAUGAGCGAUGCGCCCGUCGCUAAGAAGGGCGAGGCCUCCGGCAACAAGAGUGUCGAGGGAAAGAAGAAAUUCGAGGUCAAGAAGGUACAGACUUGCCAGUUGUGAGCCUCCCAGAGUCAUGCUGACCGAAGACGAACAGUGGAAUGCGGUCGCUCUCUGGGCAUGGGACAUCGUUGUUGACAACUGUGCUAUCUGCCGAAACCAUAUCAUGGAUCUAUGCAUCGAAUGCCAGGCAAACCAAGCAUCCGCUACAAGCGAAGAAUGCACCGUGGCUUGGGGAAUAUGCAACCAUGCGUUCCACUUUCACUGCAUUUCGAGAUGGCUCAAGGCCCGAUCUGUUUGUCCAUUGGACAAUAGGGACUGGGAGUUUCAGAAGUACGGCCGAUAAAGAGAAUGCGGUCGAUGUCCGAAUGUGAUGGAUUAUGAAGAAAAGAACAAGACAUCUGCAAGGAAACAGUAUUAUUUGGGUGUCAUAAUCAGCCUCGAGGGGCUGCAGAGGUCAUGACACAGCGAGGCCCAGUACACCGUACACAAUCUAUUGAUUUCCUUUGCUUGCAAGAUCGUAUGCGUAACCCGCUGGAAGCCACUUGACUGGAUGUUUGUUGUAAAAGGGCCAGGCCGGCACCACGACAAGGAAGGUUAACGCCGUGCCUCCUAGACCUAGGUAGACCGCGAGCUUGAUAUCUUGGAGGAUGUAGCCGACAACGAAGGAGAUCAGCUAGUUAUAAUCAUCAGCCAAACAGUCCUGCGAGUUAUCAGGAAUGACUUGGGGGGGAAGAAGACGUACGCCAGAAAUGACAAGGAGAACUGUAGCAAGGAGCUCGGCCAGCUUCUGUCCUUCAAAGUCCUACAGUGGAGCUUCAGUCAGCUGUUGAUCAGGUAAAUCGACGGGCGGGAUCGUGUACAAUUUGGCCAUCGACGAGGUCUCGGAUUUGAUCAAGGGCUUGUUCGGCCAUAAUGGAUGAUGGUCGGGUGGGAGUAUUCGUCGUGUGUUUGUACUGUGUCUGGAGAUGUUGUUCCGUCGGAUUGAGAUCGAUGUGAAUGCGAUCGCCAAUAGUGUCAAGUUCGGAAUUGGUCUCGACACCUGGCUGUUAGAAGGCUCAUAGACUAGUCCGCUUUCGGUAAACAAGCUUUUGCGGGCUGGAGAAGAUUCGAUGUCUAAGCGAAUGAGGACCAAGAUGCCGUA